UCUCCGCCGCCGCGACCCUGCGGCAGCAGACCGACCGAUCCCCGCCUCCCGCGCAUGAGCGCGAGCAGCGGCAGCGUUCGCGAGCUGACGGCCCUCCUCUCGGCGACGCGCCGCGCGCGCCACCCAAGCUCCGCCCACGCCGCGCAGCUCCACGCCCGCCUCGUCGUCUCCGCGGGCGCGCGCCCGCACCCGGCCCUCCUCACGCGGCUCGUCUCCCUCUACGCCGCCGCGGGCCGCCUCGCCGACGCGCUCCGCGCCUUCCGCGCGCACCUGCCCGCUGCCGACCUCCGCACCUACGCGGCCCUCGUCUCCGCCCUCGCGCGGCCGCGCCCGGGCCUCGCGUUCUCGCUCUUCGCGGGCGCGUGCCGCCGCCGCGGGCUCCGCCCGGGCCCCGGCCCCCACCUCGUCUCCGCCGUCCUCGCCGCCUGCGCCAGCCUCCCGCCCCUCUGCGGCCGCCAGGUCCACGCGCGCGCCGCCAAGGCCGUGCCCCCACGCGACGUGUUCGUCUACACCGGGUUGGUCGAUGCGUACGCCAAGGCCGGGGACAUGGCGGCGUCCAGGAAGGUGUUCGGCGAAAUGCCCUGCCCGGGCGCAGCGUCCUGGAACGCGCUCCUCGUCGGUUACGCCAGGAACAAGAUGUGCCGCGAAGCGCUGUCGGUGUUCAGGGAGCUGGCGGGGCAGGGGCGGGAGGCGCUUCUGGACCAGGUGAGCGUCUCAAGUGUGCUGAGCGCUUGCUCCUGGGCAGGCACGGUGAAAUUUGGUCGCCAGGUGCAUGCGCGCGCUGCCAAGGUGGGGCUGGACCUGGGCGCAGUCUGUGUUAGCAAUGCCCUUCUUGAGAUGUACACAAGGUGUGGGUGCUCGCGGGAAGCUUUGGUCCUGUUCGAUGCUAUGGAAUGCAGGGAUGUCAUCACUUGGAACGUUGUCAUUUGUGCCUGCAUUCAUGAGAGCCGCUUCAAGGAAGCUUGUAUCUUGUUCCAGUCCAUGGUCAGGGAUGGUGUCUUGCCCGAUGAUGUGUCCUAUGCUACUGCAUUGCAGGCAUCAGCAUGUAUGCUGUCAUGGGCUCUUGGAGCAAGCACACAUGCCUCUGUAAUCAAGACAGGGUUCUUGGACAGCGAUGGCAUUGCUAGCUCGCUUAUCACCAUGUAUUCAAAAUGUAGCAGCUUGGGCGAUGCACUCCAAGCAUUUGAGGUAGCAGAAGAUCGCUUCUGUGUAAUGUCAUGGACGGCCAUGAUCACUGCACUGCAGCAGAAUGGACAUGGAGUAGAGGCGGUUGAUAUGUUUGAGAAAAUGCUAGAGCGUGGCAUCCCUCCAGACCACAUCACAUUUGUUAGUGUUCUCUCUUCCUGUAGCCACAGUGGACUUGUUGAGCAAGGACGCAAGUACUUCAAUUUGAUGACCCAAGUUCAUAAGAUCACACCUUCGACUGAGCAUUAUGCGUGUAUUGUUGACAUGUUUGGGCGAGCAGGCCUUCUAAGUGAGGCGAAGCAAUUCAUUGACCAGAUGAGAGUCAAGCCAGAUGCAUCAGUCCUCGGGGCACUACUUUCAGCUUGCAUGAACUGCAGGGACCUUGAGAUGGGAGAGGAGGUUGCUAAGAAGCUGUUUGUGAUUGAACCUGGAAAUACUGGGAACUAUGUCCUGCUUGCUAAUAUCUACACAUCACAUGGAAGAUUGGAGGAGGCAAAAGAGAUGUGGAAAUUGAUGAGGGUCCAGGAGUUAAGGAAGGAGAAGGGAUGCAGCUUAGUGAACAAUGAGAGCCAAAACUCUAUGUUAUGAAUCUUCAGCAAUGAGCUCACUACACGUUUGACAUACAUACAGUUAACAGAUUUUUGCAUACUCAAGGGUUCAUGAACAUACCAGCCUUUGAUUCUGGAAUAUACGAUCCAAACUGUAUGUGAACACGCAAAAGGAAAACAAUUACAUUACUAACAAUGUGAUCAGUAUAUGUGUUCCUCAUAGUUGGAUUACCAAUAUUACAUGCCGAAUUACACAGCAAAAGGAGGAAACAAAGCAGCACAGCAUAUGUUGCAACUAUUGGAUUGUGAUUCGAUCAUAUUUGGAGCACAUUCUCUUGUCUGUCAGAUGAGGGCCUCAGCCCUCAGGUUAAUGUUCCAAGUUGUAGCCUUCUUCCACAUUAGGUAAGAUCUGUUUCAGCUUAUUGUUUUUCUUUCCUGUGGCCUCUCAGAGUUGCACAUGUGGCAGAAAUAAAGGGAUAUGAAGUGUUAAAUACCGAAGUUGGCCAUCCUUUGACAAUAGAAUUGGAGACAAGCAUUUGCUACAAGAGCACAGACUACAUUCUUAAAGCCAGAGAUCAAGAUGGUAGUACAAGUUUGCUCCACUCAUUUUUUAGAAGGAUAAAUAUAAAAUGGGACGAUUGCUUCAUAGAAGGGGGAAAAUAUCUCUCUUUCAGGUGAUGGGAGUCUUGAACAUGUGGCGGAGUUUGGCGAGGAGGCUGUCGUACCCUUCCAGCAAGAGCAAGUCCAGCUUCCGGCCGAUUGGAACGCCUUCCAUAUACACCUUCACGAACAAUGUCCGCCGCCGGCGUGCUGACGCCAUCAAGGCGCUUCUGAGGAACGGCUUGAUUGGGGGCCAAUCAGGGUGUACUUGGUUCCUGCCCAUCAUCCGCCCGUGUUGAAAGUGUUGUUAAUAAAUGUGGAUGAUGUCCACAAGGAAACGAAUUAGGUGGAGAGUACUGUUGGAUAUUAAUUGGGGACGCUCUACAUCUCUGAAAUAUGAUAACAACAACACAAAUCUGAAGUUGUUGUGAAGAUUGCAAUGAUCAGUGAAGGAUCUUAAAGCGAGUGAAAUGUCUGGCUCAAUGAAUAAAAAAGUAAAUCCGAUUCUAUA